UGGUCCGCGGUGAUUAAAGUGUGUGCGUGCGCAGUCUGACCCAUUCCUUCCCGGCCGGUUUCUUCAUCUUCAUCAUGGCGUCUGCGAUGGUGUCUCGGUUAGCCUCGAAAAGGUUCAGUUAUCUGACGAAUGUUCUCUCCAAAACACACCAGGGGAAAGCCGGUUUUUUGGCCUGUAAGAGAUACCAGAGCUCGCAUGCGUUAACCUAUGAACAGUCCCUAUACAAUGUCCCUGAUACAAAAGUGACAACUCUCUCGAAUGGCCUGAAAGUGGCAACAGAGGAUUCUGGGAUAUCCACGGCCACGGUUGGAUUAUGGAUUGAUGCUGGCAGUAGAUUUGAAACAGAGGCAAACAACGGAGUGGCUCAUUUUCUAGAACACAUGGCAUUCAAGGGCACCAAGAACCGCUCCCAGAUGGACCUUGAACUGGAAGUCGAGAACAUGGGUGCUCACCUGAAUGCGUACACCUCUAGGGAACAGACCGUUUACUAUGCCAAGGUCUUCAGCAAAGAUAUCCCUAAAGCUGUUGACAUUUUGGCUGACAUCAUCCAGAAUUCCACCCUUGGAGAAGCCGAGAUUGAAAGGGAAAGGGGAGUCAUCCUUCGUGAGAUGCAGGAGGUUGAUACCCAGCUGGAGGAGGUGGUAUUUGAUCACUUGCAUGCUACAGCUUACCAGGGGACUGCUCUUGGAAGGACCAUUCUAGGACCUUCUAGAAAUGUCAAGAGUAUUACCCAGCAAGACCUGAAAGACUACAUCAACAAGCACUACAGUGCACCCCGCAUGGUGCUGGCUGCUGCGGGAGGUGUGAACCAUGAUGACCUGGUCAAGCUGGCUGAGAACCACUUUAGCGGGCUCAGAUCAACAUAUGAGGAACAAGACAAAGUAGAGCCCUGCAGGUUCAGUGGCAGUGAGAUCCGUGUCCGUGAUGAUGACAUGCCCCUUGCCCAUGUCGCCAUGUCAGUCGAAGGGUGUGGCUGGACACACCCUGAUUACUUUGCCUUGAUGGUUGCAAACAUGCUUGUAGGAAGCUGGGACAGGUCCUUCAGUGCUGGUAAAAAUAUUGGCAGCAAACUUGCUCAACAAAUAGCCCAGAACAACCUCGCUCACAACUUCAUGUCCUUCAACACAUGUUACACUGACACUGGUCUUUGGGGUAUCUACUUUGUCUGUGACAAAAUGAAGAUUGAUGAUACCAUCUACUGUAUACAGCAUGAGUGGAUGAGAAUCUGCACAAGUAUCAUGGAUCAUGAAGUAGCAAGAGCCAAGAAUCUCCUCAAGACUAACAUCCUUAUGCAGCUUGAUGGAUCUACACCAAUCUGUGAGGACAUUGGAAGACAAAUGUUGACAUAUGGCCGUAGGAUACCCCUUCCUGAGAUUGACAUGAGAAUUGAGAUGAUAGAUGCCAAAACGGUCAAAGAUGUAGCUACAAAGUACAUUUAUGAUCGAUGUCCUGCUGUAGUUGGUGUUGGUCCAGUUGAACAGUUGCCUGACUAUAACCGUGUCCGUGGAGGAAUGUACUGGUUGAGAUUGUAGUUCUGCCGCCAUGCUGAAUAUAUAAUAGGUUUUUGUGUUGGCUGUCAGUGGUGUUCUCUGACACAUUGUUAUGCACCUUCCACAGCUUCUAACUUGAUCCUAACUUGUAAACUAAAGAUUGUACAACUGAAGGGUUAUUGGUGCAUUUUAAUAAAAAUAAAUAUUGAUAAACUA